CUGGGCCGCGCCCCAGAGGAGCAGCUUUUGCCGCCAGCCGCCUUCCAGCUCAGUGAUUCGGAGGAAUCGUUUCCGGUUCCAAAAUUCCACAGCUACCAGGACAACGCGAGCCGGCCGUCAAGGGCGGUUCGACAAUUUAUCAACCCCUCCCCCCACAUCAUUCCAAGCUCCUGGCCAGCGGCUCCGCAGAUAACACCUAAUGCGAGGCUGCCUACGUUAGCGUCCCAGGCCCAGGUUUUAGGUUUCCCCCCCUCACCCAAGGGUACGGCCCGUCCUACUUCCCUCAGGCCCCUGCCAUGGAUGCCGCUGCUAACGUGAGACUGCCUCCGUUAGACGCUCCAUUGGCUGCUAUUCCCUCCCUCCUCUCUCUACCACAGGCACGCCCAAGUUUCUCACUGGCUACAGCAACUUCCAUGCCGGUGCCAUGCAACGCCCCGGUCUUGGAACCACCCCCCGUCUCCACAAGCAUCAGGACGCAGAUUUUGGCAGGUGCGGACAUAGAUUUAUUUCAACUUCUAUCACCACUUUCACCCCCGUCAGCAGAUCGGCAGAUUUCUUACGGCGAGUUUUCGUUUACUUUCAAGAACGCAUCCCACAGUCACUCCCGCACUCUGUCCUUCCCAGAAUUCACAAUGGCAUUUUCCCGCUUCACUGACGUGGUAUGCACGGUGUUCCCUCACAGGAGGCGUGAGCUCGGCGACUAUCUCGCCAUAGUCGCGGAGCUCGCGCUUUCCUACGGGGGGGCACAUUUUUACACGUAUCACAAGCUGUUUUCAGCAAAAUGCGCCAUAAGGGUGGCUCAGUGGAACCAGUGCCCCUACUGGGGAGCACUGGACACUGAGCUCCACAACAGGGUGUUUUUGGGCGUACAAAAUAUAUCUUGCGCGGUGUGCCGCUCCGUAUCACACAACACCACAGCUUGUCCCCUGGUCACUCCCGCCAUUCCCCCUGGCGAAACUAUGCCUCCUCCCGUUUCCACCGCCCACGUCCCGCGCCUGCCAAAUCGCCAAGCCUUCCCAGUCAAGCCUGACACCAUCAACACCUCAGUUUACGAGGUUUGCAGAAGCUUCAACGCAAACAGGUGCACAAGGCAACGCUGCCGGUACUUACACGCUUGCACUUACUGUGGCGGCGCCCACGCGCGCAUAGUUUGCCCAGUCAGUAAAGCAGACAAUAAAAAAUCUAACAAAUAUCUCUCGACUCCUGUCAAUUUUUUACACCUAGCUUCCGAAUUAUCUCUCCACCCUGAUCAUGCAUUCACAGAUUACCUUUUAAACGGUUUCUCUCGAGGCUUCAAUCCCGGCAUUAUAAACCCACUUUCCCACAGCCUUAUAUGCCCUAAUCUCCAGUCGGCACUCGCCGAACCCGAAACCGUCGAUCUCCUCAUCAAAAAAGAGAUUGACGAUAAAUUUAUGAUCGGCCCUUUUUCCGCCCCACCGUUUCCUGUUUUCCGCGUCAGCCCCAUCGGCGUCGCCACGCGAAAAUUUUCGGGAAAAAAGCGCCUCAUAUUCGAUCUCUCGUCCCCCCACGGCUCCCCCUUUCCAAGCAUUAACAGUUUAAUUCCGCUCGAAGAAUUCGCUUUACAUUAUCACGAUAUUGAGCAAGCCAUCACUUUGAUUAAAUUGGCCGGACGCGGCGCCUGGCUAGCCAAAGUUGAUAUCACUUCCGCAUUCAAAAUCAUGCCGAUACAUCCAAAAUUUUGGCACUUGUUCUGCAUCCGUUGGCGUGAGAAAUUCUAUUUUUCUGUACGCCUCACUUUCGGAUGCAGAAGUAGCCCAAAGAUUUUCGACAUGUUGUCAGAGGCAAUCUGUUGGAUUCUCUCUAACAACUACGCCAUCCCUUACCUCUUACAUCUACUAGACGAUUUCUUAAUCAUCUCGCCACCCGAUUCCGUCCCGGCAGCACAUCUUUCCAAAGUCCAAGAAGUCUUAGCGAAACUCGGCGUCCCUCUCGCACAAGAAAAAACAGCGGGACCCAGCACGUCCAUCGAAUUUCUAGGCAUUAAGCUCGAUACGCUCAAAUUCCAAGCUUCUCUGCCAAAGGAAAAGAUCGAUAGGACGAUUUUGAUCGCUUCAUCCCUCAUAGACACGCCGUAUUGCUCUAAACGCGAGCUACUAUCAAUUCUCGGCCACUUAAAUUUCGCGAUGCGCAUCAUCCCGCAAGGGCGCCCGUUCGUCGCGCACCUCCUCUCCCUCGCAUCUUCCGCUCACGCACUAGAGGAUUCGAUUCAUAUAACCAGCUCUUGCAGCGACGAGCUCAGUCUAUGGAUCAAAUUCCUCAAACAAUGGAACGGAAUGUCUUUCUUUUACAACGACAUGGUCUCUCUCCCCGUCGACAUACGCCUAUUUACCGACGCAGCUCCUUCCGUCGGUUUCGGGGGAUUUUACCAAGGCCGCUGGUUCGCGUCCACAUGGCCCCCCCAGCUCACAAGUCUACCGCAGCCUCUUGCGUCAUCAGCACUUUUCGAGCUGUACCCACUUGUCGUAGCAGCAUAUUUAUGGGGGAAAGAAUGGUCCGCCUCCAGCAUUUUAGUCCACUGUGACAACGAAGCAACGGUACAUUGCAUCAACAAAGGCCGCUCCCAUUCACCCGCCUUAAUGCCUUUUCUCAGACGCCUUAUAUGGAUCUCAGCUUGUGAGCAGUUCAUUCUGACAGGCAAACACGUCCCCGGGUCCAAAAACCAGAUAGCUGACGCCCUUUCCCGCUUUUCAUUUCAGAAAUUCAGGCUGCUGGCGCCGGACGCGGACCCCCUACCAACGCCUGUCCCUCCAUAUUCGGAAUUAAUCUUCAAGUGAACCA